UGCGUGCGUGCGUGCCGUAUUCCGAAAGAAGCGCGGCCGGUGUCGUAGAUUAGAUUAGAAUAUUGUGCGUAAAGGCGGCAACCGCGGCCGGAGCAGGGAGACCGGAGCAGGGAGGCCAGCAGUUGAGCACGAGACAACGCGCCGUGUCGUGUCGUGUCGUGUCGUGGCAACGCCGCCGUCACACCGUGUGCGUCACGCGCCUCGCUUCGCGUCGCGUCUUCGCUCGGUGAUCGCUGAUCGCUCCCGUAAACGCGCGCGACGAAACACCCGCGAGGUGCUAGCAUACACGUCGGUGCAUAGUGCUCGCGUCGUGGCGCCCGUCGUCGUCGUCCUCAUCUACGUCGUCGGGCGUCAUUGUGGCUCUCACUUGGUGUCGUGAACUGGAGAAUGUAACGUGUUUUCCUCUCUGUCUCUGUCAGUGACAUCAUCGGUGAUGAUCGAUUGUGUGGGAAACGGUGAAUAGAAGCGGGACGUGUCGUCGUCGUCGUGCGUCGCGGAUGUGAAGGGAGCAGGAAAGUGAAACGGGACUAAAGUUAACUUUGUGUGCAUCGCGUCUCGAUGCGGCACGUUCGCGAUCAUCUCGCGAUCACCUCGCGCGCGAACGCGCUUUAGGUGCGUUUUGUGUUUAUUCUCUCCAACGGCUCUUGUCUUGUUGAUACCGCGCGAAGGUCGAGCCACGUGUCUGUACAAGCAACCGAACGCUCGUAACAAUAUGCGGGAUUGACGAGAGAAGCUCCGACACCCACGGCCGUGUGUGUGUGUGUUUGUGCGUAUGUGUGGACGUCCGAGGUGGUGUAAUAACCGCAACGAUGAUGAGGAAGCACGUGUACCCGGCCCGAGCCGUUGUCGUAGCCGUCGGAAAAGUCAUACCACAAACGAUACUCACCGCCGAACUGUGCUGACGCUCGUCCGCGACAGUUUGAAUUUCACCGUCGGCUGCCGAAACCGACGCCGUCCUUCCUCCUGUCUGUUGUGUAUGUGUGAGUCUUUCAAAAUACAGAGGACGAGUCGCGACACAAAAGGAAAAGCAGGCAGUGAGAAGGAAUCCGCAGAGAGACACGGAGAGAAAGAGAAAGAGUGAGAGGGAGAGGGAGGAAGAGAAAGAAGGAAGGAUUUCAGCAGAGCGGAACCGGAGCAAACCGAGUGGCGACGCAGUCCGACGGCCGAUUCAAAAAGAAGAGACAACUUUUCCGUCGGACGACCUUAUCGUUACCGUGAAAGUCCAGCGCAGCGCGUUCGAGCGUUUAAGCUUAGCGCGCUAUAACAGUGCCAAGAAAGUGUAGUGAAGUGUCGAGGCUCGCUUGCUUACAUUGUGGGAAAAUACAGCCGCUACGGUGGCUCAGCACGCAGAGUUCCCCGGCGCGGCCAGGGCGUUCAUGGCGCAGCCAAGGUACGAUGAUGGCGGGCUGCACGGGGGUUACCUCGAGGGCGGUGGCGGCGGUGGAGGCGCAGGGCUAUACGAUCCACAUGGUAGUGCCCGCGGUGUUCCCGGUCUCCAUCAUAGCCCACACUUGGGAGGGAUGGGUCCAGCCCACCCCCAAUAUCCACCGCCUCCUCCUCAGCCUCCACAACACGUUCUCGCGGCGGCAGCUGCGGCCGCGGCCUCCGCGGUGCCCGAUGUCCACAAACGUGAUAAGGACGCCAUAUACGGACACCCCCUGUUCCCGCUUCUCGCACUCAUAUUCGAAAAGUGUGAGUUGGCAACGUGUACACCGCGCGAGCCUGGUGUAGCCGGUGGCGACGUUUGUUCGUCAGAAAGCUUCAACGAGGACAUUGCCGUUUUCUCAAAACAAAUAAGACAAGAGAAGCCGUAUUACAUUGCGGAUCCGGAGGUAGACUCGCUGAUGGUUCAAGCGAUUCAGGUCCUCCGGUUUCACCUCCUCGAGCUCGAAAAGGUGCACGAGCUGUGCGACAACUUCUGCCACCGGUACAUCAGCUGCCUGAAGGGCAAGAUGCCGAUCGACCUCGUGAUCGACGACCGAGAGAGCUCGAAGCCACCCGAGCUGGGUAACGGUCUGGACGGCAGCGGACCCAGAAGCACCGCUGACAGCACCAGCCACACGGACGGGGCCAGCACGCCGGACGUCAGGCCGCCUUCCUCGUCGCUUUCGUAUCCCGGCGCGGGUGCUAACGAUGACGCCCGUAGCCCCGGAAGUGGUGGUACACCUGGACCUCUCAGCCAGCAAGCGCCAGCCAGCUUGGACUCAUCGGACCCAGAUGCAAUGGGCAAAUGGUGUCCUCGUAGGGAAUGGAGUUCGCCUCCUGACGCGCAACGCGCGGCGACCGACGCGCGUCGUGGUGUCCUUUAUUCCUCGGUCUUCCUCGGCAGUCCCGGUGACGCGAGUAACGCGAGUAUCGGUAGCGGUGAGGGCACGGGCGAGGAAGAUGACGAUUCCUCAGGGAAGAAAAACCAAAAGAAACGAGGUAUCUUUCCUAAGGUUGCGACGAACAUCCUCAGGGCGUGGCUCUUUCAACAUCUCACGCAUCCGUAUCCCUCGGAAGACCAGAAAAAACAGUUGGCACAGGACACAGGGUUGACGAUCCUUCAAGUUAAUAAUUGGUUCAUAAACGCGAGACGUAGAAUCGUUCAACCAAUGAUCGACCAGAGUAAUCGAGCCGUGUUUCCACCAUUGUCUGCAGGACCAAGUGGGGCAUACAGUCCGGAUGCGACGAUGGGCUACAUGAUGGACGGACAGGCGGCCAGCAUGAUGCACCGACCGCCCGGCGAUCCUACCUUUCACAAUCAGUAUCAUUAUCCAGAAUACUACGGACAUCACUUAUAAAGACUGAGGAUCGCCAACCUCGGAUGUUUCAGGAGUACUUGCAAAAUGGAAUGGGCGAAACGAUGGUUCUAGCAACACGAAAAGCGUGAUGGACCUACUGUGCUCCAGUUGGCGUAGAUCAGAAUCGGGGGACAACGAUGAUCCGUGACCUCCAGGACGAUCACCAUGGCAGUCUUGAUGAUUUCUUACUACGCCACACGUCGAAAUUCGUGAUACUUGGGUGCUUGGGGAUGAGGGAAAAAUACAAAAAGAAAAGGACAGAGUCAAGUUCCCGUUUAAAAGAGAAAGGACAAGGUAGAUGAAACGCCGCAGGAGGCCGACGAGAUCGUAGAGACGUCGAAGGAAGAAGGACGGUUGCAAGGCGAAGCAAAGUGGCUACGAACGCGAGGAAAAAGGACGAGGGGAAUGAAGCCGCGGCUUGGUCUCGAGAGUGACGCGGUCGCGAAGAAAUUCAUGUGAUUGUUCUUUGUACAAAUAUCGCGGUGUAAUAUUGUAGUGAUUGAAGAAUUUAAAUGUUAAAUUUUAAUACAGUCGCGAUCGAGAUAUAUUAAUGAAAUAUAAGUGAUAUAUAGGCAAUUUAGCGGGCAUGUACAUUAAAAAAGGAGAGGCAAAUACACACCCGAUGCUCGCACGGAAUAGAAAAUAUGUUCAAUGCACAGACGACGCAAAAGAGGUAAAAGAGAGUACGAGAGACACGAAGAAGACAAACGAAAUGGCAGUAUAUAUGUGUGUGUGUGUGUGUGUGUGUGUGUGUGUGUGCGCGCGCGCG